UGCUGAAUCCCAGAAAGGAAAAAGUUUCAGCAGAUAGAGUAAUGAGGGGUGCUGGUGGGAAGGACCUUGAACAUCAUGAUGUGGGGUCUUCUGUCCCCAACUGAUGGAAGCUUCCCCAUUCAGCCUGGACCUUGCUUCCAGGAGUCACAGGGCCUCUGAGUCAUAGUGAGCCUCAGCAGAGGAGGAACUUCCCCAACUGAGUCACUUCACCCAGAGACUCCAGGAAGAGACCAUGGGGAGGGCCAAGGAGGAGAAACAACCAGGCAGCCAGGGGGAGGCACCGUGUGGCUUGUUGCUAUGGCGCCGUGGCCCGUAUAUAAAGGCCACACUGGGGAAGGAGCCUCCAGACCAGUCCUGUCCUCCACCCUGAUCCCACCCCAGCCGCACACCACCAUGUGCCGCACCAGCUGCUCCUCCGGCUGCCAGGCGCCCUGCUAUGUUCCCAGUUCCUGCCAGGCGUCCUGCUGUGUGCCCAGCCCCUGCCAGGCAUCCUGCUUUGUGCUCAGACCCUGCCAGACAGCUUGCUGUAUGCCUGUGAACUGCAAGCCUGUUUACUGCAUGCCUGUGAGCUGCAAGCCGGGUCUAUGCACACCCGUGAGCUGCAAGCCAGCCAUAUGCACGCCUGUGAGCUCCAGGCCCGUUGUGUGCAUGGCCCCCUGCUGCCAGUCCUCCGGGUGCUGCCAGCCUUCCUGCCCCACCCUGGUCUGCAGACCUGCCCCCUGUGGCACCUCUUCCUGCUGCUGAGCUUCUUGCUGCUGAGCUUCCUGCUGCUGAGCCCAUGGCCCCCCAGAACCCCUCCUCUGUGGGGUCAGAAGUAGCUGGCUCUCUGAACUCCUACAAGGCAGCCCAGACAUCUUCCACUUCAGGCCUUCUGGACCCGACUAGACCACCUUGCAGCAAGGCUGCUCCAUCCCAGCGGUCCAGCCUGAGGCGCCCAGCCCCCAGUGUCCCCUGGCCCCAGCCCUGGUCAUGCACACGGCACCCACCCUGCCUGGUGUGGAGCGUCCAGGCUCUGCAGCUUCCAGCAUUGAAGGCCUAAUAAACGCCAGAGUGUGA